UGUCUUUGUAGGAAAAGAAGAAUCCUAGGCAGGGCCAUGUACCGCAAACAUUUAAAGGUUAUCUUCUAUUUGCAGUUAAAUUUGUCUCAAGUACAAGAAGGCGAGAUCUGUCCUAAUGUGCACCCUUUUUUUUUUUCUUUUUUUUUUUUUCUGUUUAAAUUUUCACAAUGCAGGGUAUAGGAAUGUUAGGAAAAAGAUUGGACAGGAUAUGGACUUGGGAGGUGGUGAAUAUUUUUUUACAAAGAGUCUCAAGGAAACCAGAAAUUACCAUUAUAUCAUGAUUGAGAACAUGGAAACAGAUUUACCAUCGUCGGUCAUUGUGGAUUUCAUAUAUCAACAAACUUCUGUUUCAUCACACGCCUAUGUAACCCCCAGCUUAUUAUCAGAAUCAUAUACACGGGGAACUAUCUUUUUGGAUGGUCAAGAGAAGCUUGAGAAGUUAUCUAGGUUUUUACACAAUCCCGCUCAUCUCAUCAUGUCCUCAAGAGGAAGAGCAUGGGUGAUAGUUGAGAAGGAAUGGAGACUAGGCACAUUUGAAGGCUUGAUGCACCAACCCAAGAAGAAACCACAGAACAAAAACGAAGACCAUGUUGACAAAAUAAAGGUUGUGCAUAAGGGAACUAUUGAGUAUGAGAAGGGGAAGCAGGUAAGUGAAUUGUUCAUGGAGUUCUGUCAGCAUCUACAGGGCCUCCACAAAAGACUCACACUGGAAGAGAGAAAGAUCUUGCAAUCAGCCUAGAGAUCAAUGGGAGUGGUGAAAGAAGUCCUGAGAUCUUGUUUUUGUAUGUGCAACCAAUUCUGACUACAGUUCGUUAUGCGAUACAUGGUGCGAUAUUGAUACAUAGCACUUUGGCCCACAGAUUGGUCUACCUGAACAAAACAUGCGACUGCUGAGGAUAUUUUCAUCAAGACGAGAUUGAGCCAUCGAUCAUGUGGACCAGACGAUUCAUCUGGUGUGCUGGUAGCUCUUUCCAACUGCCAUGUCUGGGCUUUAGCUUCCCACAUACCACGAGAAUGACUUUGUUUACAGAGUUUUCACAUGAGUGUUGGUUCUGGGAGACUGAAAAAAAAUGCACCUAAAUAUCUUUAGACUACCACUAGAAUGAAUUCUCAGCUAUUUUGGAGAAAUGAAUCUGAAGAUAUUAUGUGCAAACCUGAUGUAGAUGGGCCAGAGCUUUAUGGCUAUCUUUGUUAAUUACAAGGCUUUGGCAUCAGGAGAUGCAUCUGUAAUUAUUGUCUGUACACAUGAAGAUAUGGACUGUUUAAGACAUUGAAUUUCCAUGCUCAUGUAUUUAUUCUUUUAAAUCUUCCAUUCCUUUCAAGAAAUCUGUUGUGGAGGAA